AUGGAGGAGCAGGAAGCGGAGGCGCCGGCGCCGGAGUGCACGGACGCCGUGGGGAGCGAGGCGGCGGCGGGGGAGGAGGAGGAUGUGGCGACGGAGGCGGCGGAGUAUUCGUGGCCUCAGCUCCGGUUCGACGCCCCGCCCCGCCGCCUCUACCACUUCGCUCGCCAGUUCCGCUCCCCUUGCGCCGCCGCCUCCGCGGGGAACUUCCUCAAGGGCGUGAAGUGGUCGCCUGACGGGUCCUCCUUCCUCACCGGCUGCGACGACAACUCCCUCCGCCUGUUCUACCUGCCGGAGGACGCGUACGGUACUGCCGCUGAGCACGUUGCUGAGGCCGCCGUUGGAGGUGAAGAUUCCUACGGUGCCAGCAUCCAAGUGAACGAGGGUGAGCCUGUAUAUGACUUCUGCUGGUACCCCUACAUGUCUGUGUCUGAUCCAGCUACAUGUGUAUUUGCAACCACCAGUCGUGAUCAUCCGAUACACCUCUGGGAUGCUACCACUGGAGAGCUUCGGUGUACUUACAGAGCGUAUGAUGCCAUGGAUGAGAUAACAGCUGCACUUUCUAUAUCAUUCAAUUCUACCGGUACUAAGCUCUUUGCUGGGUACAACAAAGCAAUUAGAGUGUUUGAUGUUCACCGCCCUGGUAGAGAUUUUGAGCAGCAUUCGUUGCUUAAAGGAGGUGAAGGGCUGACUGGUAUAAUAUCUUCCAUUUCAUUCUCUCCUCACAAUGGGAUGCUUGCUGUUGGUUCGUACAGCCAGACAACAGCUGUGUAUGCAGAGAGUAACAUGGAGCCUUUAUAUGUUUUACAUGGUCAGCUUGGUGGUGUCACACAGGUACUCUUUUCAAAAGAUGGAAACUAUUUGUACACUGGAGGGCGUAAGGAUCCAUACAUACUAUGUUGGGAUAUUCGCAACACUGUGGAUAUUGUUUACAAGUUGUACAGGUCGUCUGAUACUACUAAUCAAAGGAUACAUUUUGAUAUUGAGCCUUGUGGCAGACAUCUUGGCACCGGCGGUCAGGAUGGCUUGGUGCACAUUUAUGAUCUCCAAGGUGGUCAGUGGGUAACUGCCUUCCAAGCAGCAGCUGAUACUGUCAAUGGGUUCUCGUUUCAUCCGUACCUUCCUUUUGCUACAACAUCUUCUGGACACCGAAGAUUUGGCAUGGAAGAUGAAUUUGAAGAAGAGUUGAGCUUGUCAGGUGAUGAGAACUGCUGCUCCAUCUGGAGAUUUUCUUCCUUGCAAGAAUCUUGAAACUCCAUCAAGCAUUUGAGGGAUGAGCGAAAAAUUUGGAUGUUGAAAACGAUGCGAUCGGUUGGCAAUAAUAGAUGGUAAUACCAACACUCUAGUCUCUAGGCAGUAGAUCAAGCCAUGACUACAAACGCAGUCCACCAAAGAUCACACUGUGCCAGCAGCCACGAGGAUAUUUAAAAAGGAAAACUCCCAAGGAGGGCAAUAGAGAAGUUGGUGCUCGUCUGCAUGGGUGCAUUGUAAAAUGGCUACUCUAGAUGUUCCACAUCGUCGUCGUUUGGGUAAAAACAACCGAUGAUGUGAUCAGUAGAAGCCAGUAAUGCAUAAUGUAUUCAUCAAAAGCUAAAUUUUGCCCCCAUAUAUAUUGAACUGCUGAUCCACCCCAAGUGCUUCAACAAUAUGAGAUGACAGGGGAAACAUAGUCAGGCCCCGGUCACAAUGAGGGAUCUUUUCUUGAUUUCUUCCUUUUGAAAUUGAGCUGUUUCACAUGAUAUUCAUGUGCCAACUGAGGGCUUUUAUUUUAUACCUUCUGUAAUGGAAACACUUGCAGAUCGUAUGGCCUAUGAGCUAGA